AUUCCGCUGCAGCUGAAGUGGAAAGGCGAGGCUAUGUGAAAGUGAUGGACUCGUAUGGUUUAAUGGGCGUGCUGCGAAUCACAAGAGAUGAGCACGUUCUCGUUGCCGUCACUGGGGUGCUCUCCGUUGGCCAACUCUAUGGAGCGGAUAUCGUAAAAAUCAUCUCUUGUGAACUAAUUUCGCUCCGAACUGUUGGAGCCGUCGAAUGUGUGGAUCCUCGAAUCAUUG